GAGAAGAAUAGGGAAAUUCAAUUGUGGAGACGUUUGUUUGUUUGUUUGAUUUUCAGUGUCAAAGAAAACCAAGACGAAAAAUUUUUCACAUUCGCCGUCUCCUCUCCUUCUCCAGGCUUCUCCACGUUCGCUUCCUCUUCUCUCUCCCGCCGUUUCUCGCUGCCGUUCUCCAUUCUCUCCGCCACCGCCACCGCCACCGCACGGUGGUUGAAGCCAAACGAACCCAACAAACAGACAAAAACCCUAUUCGCUGUUCCGAACAACCCAAGCCUCAUUUUCUCUCAUUCCAAUCCAUUUCCAUCUCUCUCUCUCUCCUCCGCCGCUUUCUUUCUUCACAGUCUGAAACUCUUUCUCUAUCUCUCUUGUUCUUGCCCUCUUCAUACGCAUUUUCUUGCUUUGGUUUGGGAUAUACAGCAACCACUGGGGGCAGUUAUUGAGGCAGUUACGCCUUCUGGGGUUCGUCAAUCAGUCUGGGUAGGGUUAGUUCUUCGUCGUAUAUCUCGCUUUCUUCAUAUUUCUCCCAGGUUAUAUUAUUUAUCGCUUGUGUAUUCUCUUGCUGUUCAGACCUCCGCGGGAGUUUUCCGGAGGCUGCAAAUUGGCUUUAGGGUUUCUGAUUUUUUUUUUCCUUGCACAUUCAAUCGGAGUUUGGAUUCAGGUUUUUUCAAUUUCUUUUACCCUUAGGGUUUUCCUUUUUCCUGAUCGAACUGUUUUUGACGGGUACAAUCUUCUGUCUUGGAAUUGCUCGCCUCACUUUAUGAUUCCUGAGUUUUGCCUUUCUUUAUAUUUCUGCAUCUCAAUCGAUUCCCUCAAAGACGAGGGUUUUCCGAGCGUGUUUUGCUGACUGAAUCUACCCUCAAUCGAACAUGGAAGCUUAGAGAGACACUGAGGCUCUUUCUCUUACCAUUCUUUGUAACUGAACCGCUUCCCCUUAUCCUUGCUAUCUCCCCUGUUUUCAUCCUCUGAUUCCAUACCCGUACGAGAAUUAGGUUAUUUUGAUUUUGCUCAUAAGAUAAGAUAAAUCCCGUUCAGAAUGCGUUCAGCUUGUAGCCAAAUUGGCAGCUACUUGCUUGAAUAUCCGUGUUUGUGAAGUAGAAUAAUUGUAGUGGAUAAACUCUUAGUGGCAUUUAGGACAAAAGUUUUGAGAAGUAUCCUCUGGGUUCAUUCCCGUGCUUGAGUUCGUAUCUUUGAAGCAAUUCAUUGCACAUGUCAAUCAUUGCUGGAACCCCGGAUAUGCCACUAAGUUGAUGAAAACACAUAUGGUUUGUAGCCGUGAAUUGCAUAGUCAGGGAUGCCUGUGAAGGUUCAUCCAACGCAAAAUAGAGCAUUCCUUAUGGAAAGAAGUGAACCCACAUUAGUGCCAGAAUGGUUGAGAAGUACUGGAAGCGUUACUGGUGGGGGCAAUUCAAACCACCAUUUCCCGUUGUCUUCUUCCCACUCGGAUGUGUCCUCUCUAGCUCAAUCGAGAAAUAGAACUUCCAAGACCAUUGGUGAUUUUGAUACUUCACGCUCUGCUUUUCUGGAUCGGUCAUCUUCAUCGAAUUCAAGGAGAAGUUCGAGCAAUGGUUCUGCUAAACAUGCAUAUAGUAGUUUUAACAGGGGUCACCGUGAUAAGGAUCGUGAGAAAGAAAAGGAUAGGUUAAGCUUUGGGGAUCAUUGGGACCGUGAUUCUUCUGACCCUCUGGGAAAGAUCCUUUCCAAUAGAAUUGAUAAAGAUGCUUUGCGGCGCUCUCAUUCAAUGGUAUCCAGGAAGCAAGGUGAGCUGUUUCACCGAAGAAUUGCGACAGAUCCAAAAAUUGGUGUCAGCAGCAGUCUCAACAAUGGCACUGGAAUGCCUUCUGGAACUAGUGUCGGUAGUAGCAUUCAGAAAGCUGUAUUUGAAAAGGAUUUCCCUUCACUGGGAUCUGAAGAAAAGCAAGGAACAUCAGAUAUUGGAAGAGUUUCAUCUCCUGGUUUGAGCUCACCAGUACAGAGCUUGCCUAUUGGGAAUUCAGCCUUAAUUGGUGGAGAGGGAUGGACAUCUGCUCUUGCUGAGGUUCCCAAUAUUAUUGGAAGCAGCACAGGAUCAUCGUCAUUUCAACAAACUGUUCCUGCUAUAUCAGGGGCAGGGCUGCUGAGUGUGACAGCUGGGCUUAAUAUGGCUGAGGCAUUGGUGCAGGCUCCAUCUCGAGCUCGUGCUGUUCCUCAGUUAUUCGUCAAGACCCAAAGGCUUGAGGAAUUGGCUAUUAAACAGUCCAGGCAAUUAAUACCAGUAACGCCUUCCAUGCCAAAAGCUAUGGUGCUUAAUUCUUCUGAUAAAUCAAAGCCCAAGCUGGCAUCAAGAACCGGAGAACUUAAUGUAACCAUCAAGGGUGGACAGCCACAGCCCUUGCCAGUCCAUCAUACCAACCAAACUCGUGGUGGACAUGUCAAGUCUGACGCUCAAAAGAGUUCUCAUGGGAAGUUUCUUGUUCUCAAACCACGAGAAAAUGGUGUCUCCCUUGCUGUAAAGGAUGUCCCAAGUCCAACUAGUAAUGCAAACAACAUGGCAGCAAACAGCCAGUUCGCUCUUGCACCUUCAGUUCCACAUGCUCCUUUGAGAAGCCCAAACAAUUCAAAUGUUUCCUCUGUGGAGCGCAAGAUUGCUAGCUUGGAUCUCAAAUCCGGAUCAACUUUGGAAAAAAGACCAUCCUUAUCACAAGUCCAGAGUCGGAAUGAUUUCUUUAACCUCAUUAAGAAGAAAACUCCAAAGAGUUCUUCUGCUAUUCUCUCAGAUUCAUGCCCUGCUGUGAAAUCUCCUACAAUUGGCCAAUCUAAUGAACUAACAAGGGAAGAAAUCAACAUUCCUGCAAGUCCUCGUGUUGUUGAAAAUGGUGCUGUGGAGACUAGAAAUGGCGAUAGUUCUGAAGAGGUUCAGGCAUCUUGUGACAGUGGUGAAAAACUUGCGAGCCACGUUGGUGCAGAAUCUUUAGAUGAAGAGGAGGCUGCUUUUCUUCGUUCUCUUGGAUGGGAUGAGAGCUAUGGUGAAGACGAAGGCCUUACUGAAGAAGAGAUCAAUUCUUUCUAUGAGGAGUUGCAGUAUAUGAACUUGAAGCCACCUACAAAAAUGGUCCGGUGCAUACAGCCAAAGAUAUUUGUGCCGUCUGAAUCUCAUGAGGAUAGCAAGGAUGGAGCCGGUUCUGAAUUGAGCUCAUCUGACUCAGAAGCCUGAAUUGCCUUUUUUCACCCAUGAGAAGUUCUAGUUCACAAUUUUUAAUGGCAGUGGGGUUAUUUUUUUUUCUUAUUUUUCUUUUCCUUCUUUUUGUUUUCGUGGUUUUAAAGAAAUGCUGAUGAGAGUUGGGUUGGAAGAAGAGGUGGAUGUUAAUUGAAACACUGAACAGUGCAAAUAGUGCAAUAAGUUACAGUUGCCCAAAUCCUGCCUACCUUUUACAGCGGGAGUUUUUGCGGUUUUUAAGGGCAGUUGCAAAGGUUCGGCAGGCGCAUAUUUUGUCUGCUCUGAAAGAUGUGGUGAAAGUUGCAUCUUUUGGUUCGUUUUGGUCCUUUUGUUCUCUUACUUUUUGAAGAGGUUUUGAUUCUGGAAGUUGCUAGAAAGGAAAAAAAAAAACAAGAAAAGAAAGGGUUACUGCUUUGGAGAAAAAUGGAAAAGGAAAGAGAGAUGAAAAGUUUCUAUCCUAGUUUUAGCAUCCAUUGAUUUAUUGUUUGAGAUGUUACUUUUUUACAGUUGGGUAGCGUAGCCUUUGACAUUGAAUUGCACUGAUUGUGAUUACACAUGAAUAAGAGGAUUAAAUUUAGAGACUAA